UUUGACCACUUUCAGAUUCUCCGAGCAAUUGGAAAAGGAAGCUUUGGCAAGGUGUGCAUUGUGCAGAAGAAAGACACAGAGAAGAUGUAUGCAAUGAAGUACAUGAACAAGCAGCAGUGCAUUGAACGAGACGAGGUCCGCAAUGUUUUCAGAGAGCUUGAGAUUCUGCAAGACAUCGAGCAUGUCUUCUUAGUGAACCUCUGGUACUCCUUUCAAGAUGAGGAAGACAUGUUUAUGGUAGUAGAUUUGCUCCUUGGGGGUGAUCUUCGAUAUCAUUUACAACAGAAUGUACAGUUUACAGAAGAGACUGUCAAGCUUUACAUGUGUGAAAUGACAUUAGCCUUAGACUAUUUACGUAGCCAACAUAUUAUCCACAGGGACGUCAAGCCUGAUAACAUUCUUCUUGAUGAACAAGGGCAUGCACAUCUCACAGACUUUAAUAUUGCAACAAUAAUCAGGAAUGGAGAGCGAGCGACGGCUUUAGCGGGAACCAAACCAUACAUGGCUCCAGAAAUUUUCCAGUCCUUUGUUAAAGGUGGCACAGGGUAUUCUUUUGAAGUUGACUGGUGGUCAUUGGGAGUUACAGCUUAUGAACUACUUCGUGGAUGGAGGCCGUACGAUAUCCACUCGGGUAAUACAGUGGAAUCCUUACUUCAGUUAUUUAGUACUGUGAGUGUACAGUACUCUUCGGCGUGGUCCAAGGAGCUGGUAUCAUUACUCAGGAAGUUACUAACUGUGAAUCCUGAACAUCGGUUUUCCAGUCUUCCUGACAUUCAGACAGCUGCUUAUUUGUCUACAGUUGACUGGGAUGAAAUUUAUGAGAAAAAAGUUGAACCGGGCUUUGUUCCAAAUAAAGGCCGCUUGCAUUGUGAUCCUACAUUUGAAUUAGAAGAAAUGAUCCUAGAAUCAAGACCAUUGCACAAAAAGAAAAAGAGGUUAGCAAAAAAUCGAUCCAGGGACAACAGCAAAGACAGUACUCAAUCAGAGAAUGAUUACCUCCAGGAAUGCCUGGAAGUGGUACAGCAGGAAUUCAUGGUUUUCAACAGAGAAAAGUUGAAUAGAAGACAAGAAGAAAUGACUCCAUCAGCAUCUCAGGCAGAGGGAAUUGGGGAAGGUGAAAAUGAUGCUGAAACAGAUAAUCCUGAUUCUGACAUAUGUAGUUCAGUUUGUUCUCCUGCUGAUACAAGCUAGGACUUUAUGGUACACUUCACCCAGUGUAUCUUCAGUUUCCAGCUAGGAAUGCAUCUCCAGAAGCUGUGACAGAGCUCUAGUUCUUAAAGAAUUGACUUUCUGAUUUAUUAGUUGCUGGAAGAAUUCGGCAUGCCGUACUUACAACGAUGGAGAAUAUUUGCUAUGCAAUGUGAUAUAGACAGAUGUACAGAUCAGACAGAGCCAGUCAUUUGGCAUAUAAUCUGACACAUAUUAUAAAUGUGAUAUGAGAAUAUUUAACCAUUUUUAAUUAUAUACUUACAUUUUUAAAAAUAAUUUACAUUAUGUAAGAUUUGCUCUAGCAGACUUGUUCUACGAUAUAAGAAACUGUAGCAUGCUGUCAUAUAACAUUUUAACAUUUUAUUAAAACAUAUUUAUAUGAUGGACUUAUACAAUAUCUAAAAUGUUGGUACAAUGACAAGUAUUGCCAAAUAAUAAGACAAACAUCCAGAUUUUUUUUUCUUUUUUUUUAAUAGAAAUGUUUGACACAAUUUAGAGUAUGUAAUUGGUACUGAAAAUCUAUAUGAAGAAUAUGUUUUAAUGCCAGCUGUGAAUGCUGGGGAUUAGACACAUCAGACACAACUCAACAAAACUGCCACACAAUGUUAUUCUACAGCAGAUAUGCACCAAUUGUGGCAUUUUGUCACUAAGGAGUACCAUGCCAUACUGUUAAUGAAAUACCAUUUACUUAAAUUAGCAGUUAAGUAUUUACCAUAACUUGAUAUAUGUGUUGUCCAUUUUCAUUCUUCAUCUUCUUCACAGCUGGGUCUUGAAUCUGACAUCGGAUCCAACUCGGCCACAUUUCCAAGACUUAUGAUCUGAGUCUCAAUCUCCUCCCUCUCCAAUAAUGCAUCAUACCUUCUCUAAAUCAUCAGACCAAGUUUGCUGCCCCAAUACAGAAAGUUAGAAGAACAGGAACAGAACAGACCAUUCAAAACUCAAACCAGGAACCUAUGGGUUGUGUAAAACAUCUAAGUAACUUCUCCAAAGACCAGGCUGAGAGAUGGAUGGGAAUAAUGUGUGGAAGAAUGAAAAUGGACAACACAGAUACCAAGAAAUGGUAAGUACAUAACUCCUAAACCUAAUGUUGUCCU